AUGCAUGCAGCGGAGGACCCCUAUGAUUGCAACAAUCUGGAUACUACGGAUGAUGCCGCAGAUUCGUCUUUGAAUUUCGUCACAGAGCAUGGUAUGGAGCUUCAAUACUUCCCGCAUAUGCUAGAGUUUCUCAUGACUGGCGUGAACAUUGACCCAGACGGGACAACGUAUACUGCAGAUUGGACAGGUACUAGUCCUAUGGAUGGCGUAUGGUUUGAUGAAAAUAGCCCGUUCCAGCAAGACUAUUCAACCUGGGAUCCAACAAGCCCCCGAACCGGCCGGCCGGUAGACCGCUUGUGGGAAGCUUUUGGGUCAGCGGGAAAGGCCCUCAUGACCGACACCAAAUGGCGGGAUCACGGAUAUGACAACUGGAGGCUUCCGGAUAGUGUCGAUCGGGCAGAUAAGGCAAUGUCUGUUAUUAACCAGGCUUUCUACUCCUUCCAGUAUAUGAACAGAAACAUCCAGCAGAUUGUGGCGGACAGCCUUCACGUAAUCAGAGAUGAAAUGAACCAUUAUAGCUCCCGAGUAAACCAUAAUUUUCCCGGGACAGACCUUCCCGAGCUUGAAGAGCGUCACCUUGAGUUUUUCUACCGCGUUGUUAUUGCAAGAAUGGAGCGUGUGGAGUCCUGGGUAACACGCCGUCUAGAAGGGAUGGCAAAGGUCUGGACAGAGGCUAGGGACAAUGGGCAUCCAAAUGGAGGGGAGAUAUUGGCAGCCAUUGAGGAAAACCAAACGCAGCUGAAGGAAGACAAUGUGUUCCUGAUUGAUACCACAGGCUUUCCGAGUGAGGAUGAGAUGGAUAUAGAUGACGAUAUAAAAGUUUUGUUUUGCCGUUAUCCAUAA